AUGAAUUCAAGUGAUGGAAUAAGACUGUCAGUGAAAAUCAGAGAUGAAUAUAGUCAUGUUAAAGAAUUACCUGCUGCUUUGAUAUCUCAACAAAGUGCACCUGCCGCUACAAAGACCACAACUCCUAUAGCAGCUUCAGGCUCUUUGAUAAGACGUAAAAUACCAAAAGUUCAAAAACCUGAAUGGCAUGCACCCUGGAAAUUAAUGAGAGUUAUCAGUGGGCAUUUAGGUUGGGUGAGAUCAAUUGCAUUGGAACCUGGUAACAAAUGGUUUGUAACCGGUGCAGGUGAUCGUACCAUUAAGAUUUGGGAUCUUGCAUCAGGUACUUUAAAACUUACCUUGACAGGCCAUAUCUCCACGGUUCGCGGUCUGGCAGUAUCACCGCGUCAUCCUUAUUUAUUUUCAUGCGGUGAAGAUAAAAUGGUAAAGUGUUGGGAUCUUGAACAAAAUAAAGUUAUCCGACAUUAUCAUGGUCAUUUAUCUGGAGUUUACUCUUUAAGUUUACACCCUACUUUAGACGUACUGGUGACAGCUGGACGAGAUGCUUCUGCUAGAGUAUGGGAUAUGCGUACAAAACAAUGUAUUCAUGUUCUUACUGGACAUAGCACAACUGUGGCAGAUGUUAAAUGUCAAGAAGCUGAUCCACAAGUAAUCACUGGUUCUAUGGAUUCAACAAUUCGUUUAUGGGAUUUGGCUGCUGGUAAAACUUUAGCAACAUUAACACAUCAUAAAAAAUCAGUUAGAGCUAUUACCACACAUCCUAGAGAAUUUUCUUUUGCUAGUGCCAGUGCUGAUAAUAUUAAACAAUGGAAAUGUCCUGAUGGUUUAUUUGUUAGAAAUUUUGAAGGGCAUAAUGCAAUAAUUAACACAUUAGCUGUUAAUGAAGAUAAUGUUUUAUUUUCUGGAGCCGAUAAUGGUUCAAUGUCAUUUUGGGAUUGGAAUUCAGGACAUAAGUUUCAAUCAUUGGAAACAACCGUUCAACCUGGUUCUUUAGAAUCCGAAGCUGGAAUAUUUGCUUCUGCUUUUGAUCGAACAGGAUUAAGGUUGAUUACUUGUGAAGCAGAUAAAACCAUUAAAAUCUGGAAAGAGGAUCCAGAGGCUGUACAAAAUUCUGAUGACAUUUAA